AGAUAUUGUCCCCAGUGCCCCGAGACGCGUCCUACGCUCUGCGGGGACGGAAGUGCCUGCGUCUCCGAUCGAGACGCCUGCCGCUCCCGGCAGCUGUCCGCGCCCACGGUCCUAUGGCGGAGCUAACGGACUCCGCGCGGGUGGGUGCUGCGUCCUCCGGGCCCUCAGUCACCCUUUCUCCGACUCCGAAUCGUAAAGUUCCUGCAGCCCCUGUGUCCCAGGACAGCGACGCACUCUUGCGGGGGGGGGUCCUAUCUCGGUGUGGGUGGGUGUGGGAGAGUUACGGGCGGAGGGGACGGCGCAGGUAAAGGCUCGGGGGUGCUGCUGACCCACACGCAUUUGGGAGACAGGGUUCUCAUCAACACAGAGCAGAGUUUGAGGAACUGUGACUGGAAUGGCAGGCUGAGAAGUUGUCCCUUCAUUCUCAGGGCGUUGAGAUUACCUGAGGGUUUUGAAUAGAAGGACGUGAUCUUAGCUGGGAUUUUAAGUGUCUCGAAAUUUGCUCAGGGGAGAACAUUAGUUAGGGGUGGGGACUGCAAGGAUGGAUACGAGGAGACCGGUAAGGAGGCUGCUGCAGUGGAUUCCAGGAAUGCUUUGGUGGUGGAUGUACCAAGAGUAAUGGCAGGGCUGUGUCGUCUUUGAGGAUGUGUUUGUAUACUUCUCUCAGGAAGAAUGGGAGCUUCUUGAUGAUGCUCAGAGACUUUUGUACCAUGAUGUGAUGCUGGAGAACUUUGCACUUUUAGCCUCACUGGGAAUUGCAUUUUCCAGAUCACGUGCAGUCAUGCAACUAGAGCGAGGAGAAGAGCCCUGGGUGUAUGACCAGGUGGAUAUGACUUCAGCCACAGAAAGAGAGGCCCAGAGGGGACUUAGACCUGGUUGUUGGCAUGGAGUGGAGGAUGAGGAGGUAUCUUCUGAGCAGAGCAUUUUUGUAGCAGGAGUGUCAGAGGUCAGGACUCUCGUGGCAGAGCUGGAGUCUCACCCAUGUGACAUAUGUGGCCCAAUAUUGAAAGAUACCUUACACCUGGCUAAAUACCGUGGGGGAAAAUCCAGGCAGAAACCAUACUUGUGUGGGGCAUGUGGAAAGCAAUUCUGGUUCAAUACAGACUUUGACCAGCACCAGAACCAGCCCAAUGGAGGGAAACUCUUCCCAAGGAAGGAGGGCAGAGACUCUGUGAAAAGCUGCAGAGUCCAUAUGCCAGAGAAGACCCUCACAUGUGGGAAAGGUAGGAGAGACUUUUCAGCCACAUCUGGCCUUCUUCAGCAUCAGGCCUCUCACAGCAGGAUGAAGCCCCACAAGAGCACUAAGCUUGUGAGUGGCUUUCUCACGGGACAGAGGUAUCACAAGUGUGGUGAAUGUGGGAAAGCCUUCACCCGCAAAGACACACUUGCUCGGCAUCAGAGAAUCCACACUGGAGAAAGGCCUUAUGAGUGUAACGAAUGUGGGAAAUUCUUCAGCCAAAGCUAUGACCUCUUUAAACACCAGACAGUUCACACUGGAGAAAGGCCAUAUGAGUGCAGCGAAUGUGGGAAAUUCUUUAGACAAAUCUCCGGCCUGAUUGAGCACAGGAGAGUUCACACAGGUGAAAGACUCUAUCAGUGUGGCAAAUGUGGGAAAUUUUUUAGCAGUAAGUCUAACCUCAUUCGACACCAGGAAGUUCACACAGGAGCCAGGCCUUAUGUAUGCAGUGAAUGUGGGAAAGAGUUCAGUCGGAAACACACACUUGUUCUGCACCAACGAACUCACACUGGAGAAAGGCCUUAUGAGUGCAGUGAAUGUGGGAAGGCCUUUAGCCAAAGCUCCCACCUUAAUGUACACUGGAGAAUUCACAGCAGUGAUUAUGAGUGUAGCAGAUGUGGUAAAGCUUUCAGCUGCAUCUCCAAACUCAUUCAGCACCAGAAAGUUCACUCUGGAGAAAAGCCUUAUGAGUGCAGCAAGUGCGGGAAAGCCUUCACUCAAAGACCCAACCUCAUCAGGCACUGGAAAGUCCACACUGGGGAAAGGCCUUAUGUGUGUAGUGAGUGCGGGAGAGAAUUCAUCCGGAAACAGACACUUGUUCUGCACCAGAGGGUUCAUGCUGGAGAAAAGCUUUAAGAGUGUAGCAAAUGUGGGGGAAAGUCUUAGGCCAAUGCCCCCGACUUACUGUAUGGUGGGGAACUAGCAGUAGUUAAUGAGUGCAGCAGAUGGAGGAAAGCCUUCCCCUGGAGGCUGAACCUUACCCGCCAUUGGGAAUUUCACACCGGACACAGGCCUUAGCAGUCCAAGCAAUGUGCUGUCUCUGUUCAGCCCAACAGCUCACCGUAGAGUGGAACUCUGGGAGCAGCCAUUGGGAGGGAGCCAUCAGUAAGAAGUGAAACUUCAUAAAUAUGGACAUUCCCACUGGGGAGAUUCCCUGUGAGCGCCAAGUAUGUGAGAUGCUUUCAACAGCUGUGUUGCACUUUUAAAUGGCUAUUGACCUUUGCUGGGGCAGGAGCCAUCUGCUCCUACCAUCUGGCAGAAUCAUACUGCGUUUACCAUUUACCCCAGCAUGCUUGUGACGGGCAGACCUCUCUUCUCUCCCCAGUCCCUAAAAGGAGUUGUGAGUGGUCUCACAGCCCACUAGGGGUCUUAAUUUCCUCUCUUUUGAUGUAAAUGGCAUGGAAAUAAUCAGCUUUGUUCAAGAGGACACAGAAGGAUUCUGCAAAUAGCCUGCAGAGACUUGCCUGCAUUGAUUGGUUUCAUAUGAUGCUCGUUAUGGAUAUAUCCAAUAUCCAAGUCACCCAGCUCUGGAACUGCCUGCUUCACAUUGCUCAUGAUAAUAAAGGCCUGUUCUUUAAGCCACCA